AUGCGCUACGACUAUGCAUGGAAAGAGACCGAGUUCCAGCAGGCAGAACAUCGCAUCACAGGUAUCGGUUGCCGGCUAUUGUACCUACACGCCUCGUGGGUGGAGACGUACAACCACACCACAGGUUCUAUCUCCUCCUCUGGACCUCGUACGAAGGUCUUCAUUGAGGCCAAUGAUUUCUCAGAGCUGGCUGAUGGUAAAAGGUCAUCGUGUUUUGUGCGAGCUGCGCGAGUCGCUGCUAGCUCUUAA